CGACGCCGCGGCCAAAGUAAAGAUGGCGGACUUGUCGGGGACCGAGCUGUCAGAGGAGAAAGAGGCUGAAAUUGAGCUAAAGAAAAGACAGAAACGACCGUGGGAAGAUUUGCACAAGUCCGGUAAAAUCGGUCUGACCCCGGAACUGCCGGAAACGUUGGGUUUUUACGACAUUAGCGCUGUCAGGAGGGAGCAACGCGAGCAGCCAGCAGAUCCGUCGUUGACCCGCUUCAUUAGCGCGGAGCUCACCAGAGGCUACUUCCUGGAACACGAUGAGGCAAAGUACACCGAGCGCAGAGAGCGAGUUUACACAUUCAUGCGUAUUCCCAAGGAGCUGGAGAAGCUGAUGACCUUUGGCUUCUUCCUGUGUGUGGAUGCCUUCCUGUACGUCUUCACCCUGCUGCCCCUCCGGGUGCUGCUGGCAGUGCUCCGCCUCCUCACCCUGCCGUGCUGCGGCUUCAGCGGGUCUCGGCUGCUGCAGCCGGCGCAGGUGUGCGACAUGCUGAGGGGUCUGAUCAUGGUGCUGUGCUUCUCCAUGAUGCAUUACGUCGACUACUCCAUGAUGUACCACCUGAUCCGAGGACAGUCCGUCAUCAAGCUCUACAUCAUCUACAACAUGUUGGAGAUGGCUGACCGCCUCGUCUCCUCCUUCGGUCAAGACAUCCUGGACGCUCUCUACUGGACGGCCACGGAGCCCAAAGAACGGAAAAGAGACAACAUAGGAGUCAUCCCUCACUUCUUAAUGGCCGUGUUGUACGUCUUCCUCCACGCCAUCCUCAUCAUGGUGCAAGCCUCCACCCUCAACGUCGCCUUCAACUCGCACAAUAAGUCCCUGCUCACCAUCAUGCUGACCAGCAACUUCGUGGAGAUUAAAUCAAACGUGUUCAAGAAGUGUGAGAAGAACAACUUAUUUCAGAUGUCGAACAGCGAUAUCAAGGAGCGGUUCACCAGCUACGUUCUCCUGCUCAUCGUUUGUCUCAGGAACAUGGAGCAGUUCUCGUGGAACCCGGAGCACCUGUGGGUGUUGUUCCCCGAUGUCUUCAUCGUCGUCACCUCCGAAGUCGCCGUCGACAUCAUCAAACACGCGUUCAUCAUCAAGUUCAACGACAUCACCGCGGACGUGUACAGCGAAUACAGAGCCAGGUUGGCUUUUGAUCUCGUCAGCAGUCGACAGAAGAACGCUUGCACAGACUACAGUGACUCGGUGGCCCGGAGGAUGGGCUUCAUCUCGCUGCCUUUGGCCGUGCUGCUCAUCCGAGUGGUCAUGAGUUCGGUGAAGGUGCAGGGAGCCCUUUCAUACACGUGCGUGUUCCUCUGUUAUCUCGGGCUGGUGUCUCUUAAAUUGCUGAACAGUAUUGUGCUGCUGGGGAAGUCGUGUGUUUACGUGAAGAGGGCCAACAUGGAGGACAAGCUGUUUGAGAGGCCCGCCGCCGCUCCGUCCUCGUCUGGGAAAACCCCCGGCAGAGCUCACCAGGCCAGGUGUCCCACGCCUUCAGAUGCAUCCAAGAUGGAGCGGAAACCUGUCACACCCUUCAGCCCACCACCACCGUCUGCCUCCUCCUCCUCGGUGACCACCCAGCCGACUCCCAGGACCGACUCGUUUCCUCCCCCGCCCACCGAUCCCUCUCCCGCUGCUCCAGCCAGCCGUCCCUCAGCGCCGUCACCUGAACAACCGGCACCGUCACUCGCCCAACAGGAGGAGGAGGAGGAGGAGGAGGAGGAGGAGGAGGAGGAGGAGGAGGAGGGCGAGGGCGAGGGCGAGGGCGAGUCACAAGGAGCCUCCGAUCUGAGGCACAGGACUCCCAACAAAGACCUGCUGGAGAUCGACCGCUUCACCAUCUGUGGGAACCGCAUCGACUGACCAGCGGCGGCCGUUUUGACGGCAGCGAUUGACCACUCAGGAGAGACGGAGAGCAGAGAGGGGCUCUUCGAGCCGACUUCCCUGGCCAACGGCAGCAGAAAGUAUUUAUUUAAGUCCGUGCUGUAAGUUAUUGUGAACAUGCUGUAGACGGUCCAGCUGUUGUGGAGGCUGGAAGUCGAGAGGUUUGACAGUAAAGAAGAAGAAGAAGAAGGAAAAAAAAAGGAAACUUCAGCAGAUAAAGUCUGUUAGUGUGGGGAUGGUAUUUGGAGUGUGUGUGUGUGUGUGAGAGAGAGCACACAAGCACUUCCUGUCUGAGCAUCAUUGGGACCAGACAGCGAGAAACUUCUCAGAUCGCUCGGCAACCAGAAUUCAAACUUCCUUUUACACCGAAUAUUUUUUUUUUGCCUCAUGUGUUUCCUGUUUCACCUGACUUAAAAUAUCUGCUGUCAUCCACAUUUAUUUAUCACAGUCUUUUUGUUAAUCCCGACACUUAAACAAUUCAACGGAGAAAUAGUCAAUCUGGAAUUGGAAAGGUGUCAAAAAGGUUCCUUCAAUAGCUCCUAAGAUGAAGGUCGUGACCUGCGCCGGGUGUGAGAUGCAUUUGGUCGUUCACAAGGUGAACACGGAAGCAGAAUAAAAACUUUUAAAAAAUGGUCACAAACCGCACACACACACACACACACACACACACCGCUGAUGAUGUGAGAACAAUGGUUUGUUUUAGGGGGUGACCGUCACACGGCGACACAACUGAGUGAGGGAAGUGUCGCUGUGCUUUCCAACGUCAUCGUCUGAGUUCCGGACGUGACUUUUAAUCAGUCUUUCGUUUACACAGCCAACAGAUAAAGUCAUUUGCAACACACACACACACACACACACACACACACACACACAGUCAGUGCACACAACAUUAACAGAAGCUGCCGGUGAAACGCUGCUCAAAUGUUUACAUCCUACAAGCAAUAUUUACAAAAACAAAAUGCCUUUUUUAUUUAUUUUAUGUGUGUUUUACAUUAUGUGGACUGACCUUGACAAACAAAAGAAAAAUCGACUGAUACAAUUUGUACGUAAUCGAGUGCAAACAUCUAAUAUUAUUCUUAACAUAUCGGUUUUACGUAAAGUUCCAGCAGCCACAAUUUGAUUUCUUUCAGCACUUUACACUUUGCAUAAAGUUAUCUUACAGCUACAGUUUACUGCAGCAAGCCGAGUAGUUUUUACAGAAUUAUAUAGACAAUCCUGUCAAAACGAGAUAUUGUGAAUAAUCUGUGUUAAAACUCCUAAUUAGUUUACUUUCCGCUGUGAUAAUCUCACGAUCGCACAUCCGACCCUGAACGUCGUGACGCAAAGCGGAGCCUCAUAACAAAGAUUUCUACAUGAUUGUAAACGCAUCUUCAGUUCUUUUGGUUCUGUUUAUAAUGUUCUUUACUGUUAUAAGGAAGAUCUUUUAAAUUUUUUUUUUUUUACCAGUUGUGAUGUCUCCUCAAAUCCUUGGUGUGGUUUUUUUUUUUUGGUCUCGUCUCCACCGGCCCCGGAGCUCAGUCUCGUUGUGGUCCAGGUCUGGUCCCGGUCUGCAGCGGACCGGAACCAGACCUGGACCACAGCUGGACCCAGCCGGGAGUCAACAGGGGACGAGGCAGAAGUGUUCUUAUGCCAGCUGAGCCUGCUUUGCUACUUCAGUUUGGUUCCUUAUUUAAUUCCUACCUCGAUACUGUAUGAAAAUGCCCUCUUUUGGAAUAAUAAAAGUGUGUUUUAUAAUUUU